CUUGCUUGUCGUGAGAGUCUCCAAAGCUUCAAUUGUUGCGCUGCCUCGAGUGCGCGUUGUCGCUGCUGCCCGGCCACGGUGGCUGCUGCCGCGCUCAGUCGCCACGUGAUCCGCUCAGACCUAGCGCGAAUUAGCGCCAGGCUCAAUGUCUGCUGCUCUCUCCACCCCAUAGCCGCAAAUCGCGUCCGAGAGCCUGCGGUAACGUGAAGCUGCUGCCCGCAUCCCAGCCGGUCCGUCUCCCGUACGCCUGAUGAGAAGACGACUGUAGCGCCCAUCUUUCCCACGCGCCGGUCGAUGCUCUCGCGUGCUAGCCCAUGCUCCCCGAGACCACGUCCCCGACUCCCACGCUCAUUCCCUCCCCCGUCACGUCUUUCGCUCCUUAGCGCACACGCCCGCGGUGACCGCGCGCCAUGGACUUCCAGUCGUCGCAAAACGCCAU